AUGAUAGGCAGAAGAAAAGAGGUUAUGAUUAAGUCGAUUCUUCAGGAUAUUCCUUCUUAUGUCACGAGUGUCUUUGUUAUCCUGGAUGGUAUUGUGAUUUUUAUUGAGAAGAUGAUGAAUUCUUUCUGGUGGGGAGGAAGUAGUAAUAAUAAAGGUAUUAAGAGGCUAGCUUGGGACAAAUUAUCUUGCACCAAGAAGGAUGGGGGGACUUGGACUCGGAGAUUUAAAAGCUUUCGACUUGGCUAUGGUGGCAAAACAAUGGUGGCACUUGAUGACAAAUCUAGAGUCGUUGGUGGCUAG